UCCGAGACACGCUCCAACCCGGAUGGAAGACCUUCGAUGGUCAAAUUCAAGAAGUCGACCUCGCCUCUUUUUCUUUUUUCCCAAUCGGCUUCUAUAUUUAAACUGGAUCGAAAUUCCUGCAUACAAAACCAUGAAUACAUUCCUUACUCUCGCAUUACUUUUUCACGUCAUUGCGUGUCUUCCACCCCAAAUCAUCCACCAAACGCAACAUCUCACCAAUGGAUACAGUUUCGAGUACGAGGCAGAGGAUGGGUCAAAGCGGCGGGAAAUUGGCACUUUUACGUACCGCGAAAAUGACACUCAACCCGUGUUAUUUGUGAAGGGGAUGUACUCGUAUUUUCUGGAUGGAAGGGAGUUUAUUGUGCACUAUGAAGCGGGACAAAAGGGGACAAGAACUAGAGGAGACAUCGUCCCGAAAAAAAYUAAUUAUGAGCAAAAUAAAAAUAAACUUAAUUAAUUAGUUAAAUAUCGGUACAUAAAUGUAUCAAACUUUGGUGUUAAUAAACAUUUAUUAUUUUGUCUUGCA